AUGGCUUUCAACAAGAGAGGCCCCAACAACUUUGCGCACUGGAACAUGUUCCCUUUCAUGACAAUGCCGAAGACAAAGUACAUUCUCGGACAGACACAGUCGCCAUUCUUUCGGCUUCCACGAGAAAUACGGGAUACCAUCUACGAGUACUAUGCCCAGGGUCGACCACAGUAUGUGUACGACAAGAAUACGACAAAGCUACGUUACUCCGAUGCUUCAGCUCAGGCGGAGGGUCUCGGGCUUAUGAUGACCUGCAAGAUCGCUGCAGACGAGAUGAAGCAUGUCGCUUUCCAGAACAUCGAGUUUAGUACGCUUUGCUCUGCGAACGAUGGCGCGGAAUUCCAACAACUCCGGUCUAGAGUGGCGCGAUUCUCUCAGUUCAGUCACAUUCCUCAGAAGCGCUUAAACAAUCUGCGCAAGCUCAUUAUCUGCGAAGACUUCAAGUCUAGGCCGCGAUCCGUAUGCCACGCAAGAGGCCUCAUCCCCAUAUGCAGAGCAAACCCGAACCUUAAGAUUGAAAGACACAUCAAUCUGUUGGACAGUCUUCUACCUGUAGAUCAACCUAAUGGCUACCGAGGAGGACGUAGCAGCAUAGGUAGUUUCAAUGUCAUGGAGGCUGCCGUUCCAUGGUUCGCCGAGACCCCACUACUCCGCACUCACGGCAUGCCGGAAGGCUCGUUCCAGCUCGUCAUCGAUGGUACGUCGCGAGAAGCUCUUGAAGUGUGGAACGUUAUCAAGCACGCUGCAGCCAUGCAAGGAGCCAUGCUCGAACAAUGUCGUGUUCGCAACACGCAUCCAACGUCUAGGCUAUAUGAUAGCAUAGCUGGUCGCAUCUAUGGUCCCACGGCUUUACCAUGGCAUCUGCCAGACGGCUUCUCCGACACGAUCCGCCGCACAAUCGAGGGCACGACCAACAUAACAUUCACCGGAGAUAUGGGUGAAUUAUGGGAUGAGGAUGUCUUCUAUUUCCAACGAAGAGACUGGACACUAGAUCAAUGGCGUCAUGAGUGGCGUAGUGAGAUUACCUAG